UUCCCCAACAAAUUUCCCGUCUACAGUAUAGCAUCCAUUGCUAUUCUACAUCAAUGGGGGAUGAAUCAUAGCUGGAUAUACAUGUACUAUGAUCACGGCGACAUUGAAAGUGAAACCAGCGAAAGAGGCUAGAAAACAGCAGCAACUCAGGAGAGACAUCUUCCAAGAUGACCUCUCCAGAGAUUGGUCAGCGAGUUGUCCGAAGCUCCGAGUGGUCUUGGAGAGAUCAAGAUGGUGGUGAAGGCCAUCUAGGGACUGUGGUCAAGAUGACCGACCAGGAAGCCCCUCUUCAUGGAUGGACUAGGGUUCGGUGGGAUAACGGUCGAUGUAACAAAUAUCGGGUUGGGACAGGUGGAACUUACGACCUUCUACUAUUUGACAACGCCCCAGCAGGCGUUGUCCAUUCCAAGAUUACAUGUAGCAAUUGUGUGGUGGAUUCUAUACAUGGUAUCAGAUGGAAAUGUUGUGAUCAUAGCUGUACAGAUGUCAACCUUUGUACCCCUUGUUAUAUGACUGACAAACACGAUUUGACGCACAGAUUCACACGCUUCAACAGUCAGGAUGAAACAGGAAUCGUUGUUACACCUCGUUCCGAAGAAGACAAAACAGUUUCAAUGGGAUUGUGCCCUGAAGCCCAGGUUAGCCGAGGAGAAAAUUGGCAAGGAGACGAAAGUGAUGGACACGAAGGCAAUGUAGUCGACAGUUGCGUCAUAUCCGGGAGACCACGAUCUGGUGUCACUGUAAAGUGGACGGACACUGGGCAGACGACAACCCAUAGGGUCGGGUAUGACGGAAAGGUGGAUCUGAAAUGCACCACGCCAGGCCAUGGAUACGGCUUCUAUUCGUCACAUCUACCAAUGCUAGGCAAAGAGCAAGGUGUUAAGGUUGGCGAUCGAGUAGCGAUGACCUUGACAGCCGAGAGACUACAGUUCAUUCAAGAGAAACAUGGAUGCAAGUGGUCGCCUAGGAUGCAAAAGCUGAUCACAAAGGUUGCCAUGGUUACAAGCAUUCAUCCCGAUGGAAACGCAGAUAUAUCCUAUCCAGGGAGAGAUGACCGCUUCAUCCUCCAUCCAGACGCUUUAAACAAGGUUCCGAUGUUUGAAAAGGGAGACCGUGUAGGCGUCAAGACAGACAAAGAAUACGUGAAGGAACUCCAGGAAAACAGCAAAAAUGGAUGGGCAGAUGGAAUGGAAAAAUGCUUGGACAAGGAAGGUACAGUUCUACUUGUUGAUGAACAUUUUGACACGUUGGUCCGCUUCGAGUCACUAACGCCGGAUAGCAGGUGGCAUCCCUGUGCGCUAACCCUCGUGGAGAAGAAACCACCAAGCACUGUGUGCGAUGGAGCCGAAUCCACCCUCAUCAAAUCAGAAACUACUGACUUAUCCAAAGACGAUAAUUCUAUAGAAUCUCAACUUUAUUCUGCGGCUAAAACAGGUGACCUUAAACGUGUAUUGGAGAUUCUGUCUUCUUCACCGGAGAAGGUGAAUGGGAAAGUAAAUGGCAUAAGUGCACUCCAUAAAGCUUCUAUUCAUGGUCAUCUAAAGGUUGUUAGGGCGUUAGUGGAGGCUGGAGCUGACAUAGAAAUAACUACAGAUGAUGGACAUACUCCAUUACAUUACGCAGUUGAAGGAGACGAACCAGCAGCUGCAAAGUUUCUCAUUGAGAAAGGCGCUGACAUUGAUAGAGGUAGCACAAGACAGAGAAGAGCUAUCCAUCGAGCAGCUCAUGGAAAUUUUGUUGAUUGCGCCAGAAUCCUGAUCAAACAUGGAUGUGAUGUCAACGUGCAAGACGAACGGGGAGACACCCCUCUUCAUGAUGCAAUCAUCAACAAUAGCGUAGAUGUUGCUGAGCUGCUGUUAGCAGUUCCAAAUCUUGAUACAGCUAAAACGAACAAACGAACUAUGACACCAAUCCUGUUCGCCGCACUUAAAGACCGCCCGGAGCUUGUUGAGAUGCUUGCACGCCACUCUCCUCCAUCAAUUCCGGUUACUACACCUGAAGGAUUCAAUAUCCUGCACAUUGCAGUAGUCAACAACCACGUUCAAGUCAUGAAGGUGGUUUUGGCUAUAAAGGGUCAUGGACUUGAUCUGGAUGCGAGAAACGUUAACGGGCUCAGUGCUUUAAAUUUGGCCGCCGAAAAUGGAAUCUCUGAAAGCUUAGAGUACUUGGUGAUGCAAGGAGCGGAGAUCAAUCUGCAAUGUAACAAGGGCCAUAGUCCACUUCAUCGAUUAGCCAGCGCUGUAAGAAAGAAAAAUAUGAAAGUCAACGAAACACAAGCGCUUAAGGAUAUUCGGAUGAAAUACAAAGACGGCGGUGUACACACCAGUUCUGAAGCAUUGCUCUGUUUUAUGGUUCUUCAUGGCGCCUCCAUUGAUAUUGAAAAUGGUUCUUGCCGUACCCCUUUAUACUACAUCGACGAUCCAAAACUAAAAAGGACUUUAAAGCAAAUUGCCCGAGAUCAGAAUCCUGACCAAAAUCUCAUGGAAAACGUCGGAGAAGGUGGGGAUUUUGGUAUCGGGAGGCAGAACAUAAAAUCAGUUUCCGAUGAUAAUCUUCGAAUCCCGGACAAUGGCGGAGAAUUUGCUCAAAAAUUAGCUACCGAUGAAGAUCCCCCAACAAGAAACCAAUCAAAGGAUUUAAAAGGGCAUGGAAACCUUUGCGAAGACGAUAAGACAGAUCUUAGUAUCGAAUAUGAAUUAGUAAGGGCAGCUAAAAUUGGAGACCUAAGACGUGUUUCAGAGAUACUGUCAUCUACACCUAAAAAGGUAGAUGUCAAAAUUGAAGGCAAGAGCGCUCUCCAUAAAGCAUCCCUAUAUGGCCACCGUCACGUCGUAAAAGCAUUAUUAGAAGCUGGAGCUGACAUAGAAAUAACUACAGACGAUGGACAUACUCCACUACAUUACGCAGUUGAAGGAGAUGAACCAGUAGUAACAAAGUGCCUACUUGAAGAAGGUGCCGAUGUGGACAAAGUCGAUGGACGCAGCAGGAGUCCACUUCAUUGGGCAGCCGCGAAAAAUCAUGUUGAUUGUGCUAGAAUACUAAUCAACCAUGGAUGUAACAUCAACAUUCAAGACUACCAAAAAGACCCUCUUCAUGACACCAUUACCAAAGACAACGUAGAUGUUGUAGAGCUGCUGUUGAAAGUUCCGAGCAUCGAUACCAGCAUCGAGAAUGGGAACAAAUUUACCCCGCUUCAAUUUGCAGUUCUUCUAGACCGAAUAGAAAUUGUUAGAAUGGUUGCACAACAUUGCCCUUCUUCAGUAGCUGUUCCUAAAAAAGAUGGGUACAAUGUAUUGCACAUCGCAGCAGUGAACAACCACGUUGAAGUCAUGAAGUCUCUUUUAGCUAUUGAGGAUAACGGACUGUACAUUGAAGCGAAAAACAGUGGAGGUCAGACGGCUCUGCACCUUGCCUCAUACGAAGGAUACUCGGAAAGUAUCGAGUACUUGAUUUCUCUUGGAGCAGACAUCAAUACUAAAUGUCAUAAAGGCCAUAGUCCUCUUCAUCUGGUAGCCAGCAGAGCAAGAAAACCAACAGAAAUCAAAGAAACACCCGUCCUUAAAAGGAUUCAAAAGAAGUAUAGGGAUAGAGGUGUGGGCAACAGCACUGGUGCAGCACUGCUGUGUUUCAUGGUCCUACAUGGGGCGUCAAUCGAUAGUGAAAACGAGUCUUGUCGUACCCCUCUAUACUACAUCGAUGAUCCAAAACUAAGAAGAACUUUGAAGGAGAUUGCUCGUGGAGACAGAAGGGCUGUUGACUUGGAAACACUACAAGAAAUGGAAGUAGAUGAAGCUUCAGAAACAGAAGACCUGACAACCAACGCCAUCCUUGAUGACGAUGAUGAUAUCCCUAUCCCGCAAACUCCCGUAGACGAUCCAGCUGCCAAUGAUCAAGGAUCAGAAAACCUAACCAGAACGAACAAGCCAAAGCCUGGAUUGUUUGAGCUUGUUCAUGAAAUUCAAGUGUGUGAUCUUAAAAUGGGAUCUGUAGUUGGAACUGGACAAUACGGUGUCGUCCAUCGAGCAACAUGGCGAGGAACCACGGUUGCAGUCAAAAAGAUCUCUAUCAUCGGGAGUAAAAAGGAUGAAGUCGAAAAGGAAGUUUCUAUCCACAGGCAAGCCACCCAUCCAAAUAUCGUGAAAAUGAUGGCUCUAGGUUAUGAGUGUACGGACGCCUAUCUUGUUAUGCAGUUUAUUGAAGGACCAAGUUUAGAUAAGAUCAUCUUCCCCUAUCAUGAUGACCCAAAGAUUCAUCUAGACUGGUCCGCCAAGGUUGGGAUAUCCCGUGAGAUUCUCCAGGCAGUCACCUUUAUGCAUGCCAGCAAUAUCUUACAUCUUGAUAUCAAGCCGGCCAAUAUUCUGGUAGAGGCUAUCACCAACCGUCCCUUCAUCUGUGACAUGGGUCUUGCCCACAUCAAGAGCCGGAACGCCAUGUCCCAAUCUACCAUGAACAUCAAGGGCACACCUUGUUACAUGCCACCCGAGGCAAUUACGUUGAUGGUUGCUGCGGGACCAGGUUACAAACAUUCCAAUAAACAUGACAUCUGGUCAGUUGCAGGAACACUGGUGGAGUUCUACUCCAUGAAACGCCUUUGGGGAGUUUUGCCCAGUCCGGUGGCGCUAUUAACUCGCUUUAUGACGGGGGGAAUGUGCAAACCUGAGGCUCUGGAAUUCGUGGAUCCAAAAAUCCAAGAGAUUCUUCGACCCUGCUUCAAUGAGAAGCCUGAAGAUAGACCAUCGGCGGAAGAGCUACAGGAUAAAUUUGAUAAUCUCUCUUAAACAGGAAAUUACAUUAACCUUCUUUAAGAACAGAAUAUAGUAGCAAUAUUUGUAUAGCAAUUAUUUAUGUAGUACUAGUCUUAUUGUGAUGACAUCUACUACUGGUUUUCCCCCGAUUGGUGCAAAGCUAUCAUUGAAGCAUGGUUCAUCAGGUUUGUCAGUUUGUAUUAUAUAUGAUACUAAUAUGAUAUUCGCUAAUUGUGAUGUUCUGAAGAUUGGCAAUGUUCAUGAAUAAUGGAAAAUGCAUUGAAGAUUGACAAAGCUCAUAGUUUUGAGUGGGAAAAACGUUCUUGAUCAUUUACGAAUGUAAAAUGUAAUUUAAUCUCGUAUCAGUUCACUGAUGAAACAAACAUCUGGGGGUCAUUUAACAGUAAUGUAAGAAAAUGCUCAUAUGCGAAUGUGAACAAUGUCGUCAUCUGAGGAAUCAUCUAAGGCAGUGGCGGUUCUAGCUGUUUGUGGUUUGACCGUAUCAAGACAACUACCCCCUGGACAAUUAUCCCCCAGGACAAUUACCCCCCCGGACAAUUACCCCGGAGGACAAUUACAUUCAUACCCAACCCGCAUAUCUGGAAACCUCCACCUUACUAACUCCAAAUUAUUAAUAGCUCACAAACCCAUUCGACAUUAUGGUCGCGAUAUUUGGAACAAUCGUCCAGACAAUAUUAAAUCAUGUUCAACAAUUUACUCCUUGAAAGCUAAUAUUAACGUAACAUUAUUAAAUCAUAUGCAGCCCCCUCUUCAAGUCAAUAUCUCAACUGCUCUCUACCGCACCUGCACCGCACCCACUUGAUCAAUGAAGAACUAGUAUGUACAUUUUACGAGGCCUCCCGUCAUCAUCAAGCCUAUUUAUGAAUAUAUUUUACACAUGAAUCGCAUUAUGUGAACUCAUAAAUAAAAAAAUAAUUUGUUGUUGUUGUUUGUCAUAUUACACCUUUAUUUCCAACUGUUUUAGCUUCAUGCAGAAUGAUAUUGUUAAACUGCAGACAACCAUUGCUAUGUUUGUGAAGCAGUUUAAAAUAAAGUGAACAAAAUUAAGAUAUAAAUAUUAUCCGUUCAUACCAUGCAACGUAAUAAAAACAGAUCUUUAACUUUGUUGUAACUUGUACUUAACAUAUUCUUUUUCAUUAUAGGGUUUUUAUUUUGACAACUUAUUAAAAAGAUCUUAUCCAAGUACAUUAUCUUUUCAACAUUGAAAUGACUAUACCUUUGCAGCGAUGCAAAGAAAAUAUCUCAGUUAAGGUUAUGUACAUAGGCCUCAGUAUUGAGUCUAUUGAUGUCCAUUCAAAAAGCAGUUUGUAUUCUCGGCAUAAAUGCAGAUUUUAUAUCCCUGAUUGACAAUCACGAUCCCGUAAACUUGUUACGGCUAGCCCAACAUAUCGUGAGUACAGACAGUGGCGUACUGAAAAAAAAAGAAAUUGAGGAGCCCAACAUUUCGUCGCACGCACCACGAACCGUCCUCUCUGCGCACUUUUUAAACCAGCAAUAAGUGCACCUAUAAGGAGAGCAAUUUAUUUACCGGUGUCCUUUUUUCGAUAGUUCAGGUUCCAAAGUCUUAUCCCGUAUCUUUACAUUUUCUUGAAGUGAAUUAUU